AUGACAAAGUUUAACCCUGUGACGCACUGCCUCUUCGAUAUGGAUGGUUUGCUGCUGAAUACAGAAGAUCUGUACACAGAAGCGUACGUCAACUGCUUGAAACGCGUCGAUAGAGAGUACACUUUUGAAACGAAAGCGAAAUUGAUGGGAAGAAAGCCCCUUGAAGCCGCAGCGAUCUUGUUGAAAGAACUGGACUUGGAAGACCAAUUCACACCCGAGAGUUGGAUUGAAAACGUUUCUCAAGAGUACCCAAAAGUGUUCCCAAACUGCGUUCUUCUUCCUGGAGUUCAGCGACUCAUCGACCAUCUCAAAAAGCACAAUAUUCCGAUCGCAAUUACGACUGGUUCAAGUAAAGAAGCCUUCGAUUUGAAGACCGGAAAGAAUCACACGGAAUUCAUGAAAAACUUCCUUCACAUCGUCAAGUGCGGCAGCGAUCCAGAAGUAAAAAACGGAAAGCCGGCGCCAGACGCUUUCGAAAUUUGCCGCCAGAGAUUUUCGCCAGUUCCAGAGGCGAGCAAAUGUCUCGCUUUCGAAGAUGCGCCGAAUGGGGUAAAAUCAGCCCUGGCUGCUGGCAUGCAAGUCGUCAUGGUCCCUGAUAGUCGUCUUUCCGAAGAAGGAAGAAAAGGAGCAACGGUUGUUCUUGGAAGUAUGCUCGAAUUCAAGCCGGAAGAAUUCGGUCUUCCACCUUUCUAG